CUUUAUUUGAUCGUUGCUUGCAGUCCAAGUUGCUACUGUGGGUCUGUGUAACAAAAACAUCCCGGAACGAUUUAAAGCUAAGAAAACAAUAACUAUUCUGUUGUUUCUUUUCUUCCUCUCAUUUUCUUUGCUACCUACUAUGAUUACAGCUCCUACUAUUAUAUCUGAUUGCUACACUGUUCGUGCCAUUAGAGAACAAGACCUACCAGCAAUCCUAAAAAUAUACAAUGAAUGUAUCCUUGAUCACACCACUCUCCUGUAUUACGAGCCUGUAGACCUAAGAUUUAUCCAAAAAUGGUAUGAAAAGUGCCGUACUGAAGGAUAUGCUGCAAUGGCUGUUGUGGAUAAGGCGACGGAUGAGGCUAUUGCUUAUGCCGACUUGGGCCCAACCCAUCCAUUUCCUGCUUUUGCCUUAUCCACUAUGAUGGCCAUUUACAUUCGUUCCGAUUAUCGUCGGCGUGGUCUUGGUCGAGUGCUUGUAGCCGAGUUACUGAACAUUGCCAAGCAACAACGGUUUAAAAAUGUUGUUGUGUACAUUGCAUCUACAAAUACGCCUUCUAUUAAGUUAUUUGAAUCCUUCAAGUUCCAAUACGUUGGGAAGAUGGACUAUUGGGCCUAUAAUUUCGGGCGAUUUUUGGAUGGAUUGGCGUACCAGUUUAUCAUCCCGGAGACGAAAGUGGACGCGAAUACAAAUAGUCCACCGGUGUUCGUACCAUUUGCGUGGGAAUCCUAUGUAUAUGCCCAACAAUAGUAUUACGUGCGUACAAUAAGACUGUUUUAUAAUUAAGAUAUGCGCUAAUACGUGGUAUAGUUGAAUAUCAGAAAGCACAUGAAUAAACUGAAGGAUCAUGUCAAAAUAUAAUGCGC